ACUUGGACUGCGUUUCAACUUUCAUCCACACCAACAUAUAGAUUUUUAUUUUUCAUUUUUUUUUUCAUUUUUAGACUUGUUCAUGCUAUAUGGAUUUACAGGCUAGUUUCCUGUGCAUUAAGAGAAUGCCAUCUUUAAGUGUAAACGGUAUUGAGUUGUUGAAAUGUAUUGAAGUAAGAAGCCAUUUUUUAUCAAGGUAUUCUGAAGACAUCCUUCGUAAAGAGUUAAAGCAUCUAUUUGUCCAAUCCAGCAAAGAUGAGAACCAGAUUGUACGGAAAUGGUUAGACUGGUGUAAAUCAAACAGCUCCGUCCUCCGGUGUGUAGAGGGCUCAGUCCCACAGUCGAUUCUCUCUGGGGCACAGUUGAUCGAUGUCAAAGUUGGCACUGCGGGCCGACAUCGGAAGCCAGACGAUACAAUCUACAACAGAAGCGCCGAGAUACGUCGUCAGGUGGCGCGCGGAAAUUGCGUUCUCCGACUCCCCGACGGUCGACUCCUGUGUCUCACGCACGCGCUCAAAAAGUUCACCGGCGGUAUGGGUGACGAGGACGACGACCUCUCGGGCGGCGACGACUCGACAUGGCGCCGCUACUUCCUGCGGUCGCCGGAGGCCGCCGAGCGGCUCGUGCUGACGCAGAAGGCCAACGGCGAGGCGGCGCACCUGAGCGCGCGGUACGUGGAUGGCUCCUUCCUGGUGUGUGUCGGCUCCAAAAAUGUGCACAUGGUGCUGCGCCAGGAGUCGGACAUCGCUCGGUACGCCGACCAGCGGUACCGGGUGGCCAGGGAGGUGGCGGCGGCCGUGUGGCGGCUGCUGGAGGCGAUGGGGGAGGGACAGCGGCAGCUGCUGCUCAGCUUCCUGCACCACACGCGCCUCACGGCCGUCAUGGAGCUACUGCAGCCCGACCACCAGCACGUGGUGGAUCUCUCGCACCUGAAGGUGGCUGAGCUGCGCUUCAUUACCUGGACUGGGACGCUGGGGGAUGACUUUGAGUCGUAUUGCGGCGUCACCCCGGAGCUGGGGUUCGAGCUGGCCGAAAUGCUCGGUAUGAAGACGGUGGAACACUCGGUGGUGAUCGGCGACGUCAUGAACGAGCUGCCGCGUGUGAUGCAGGAGGUCAGAGAAGGACAUGGCUAUGAGGGCAAGGUCCUCUACUUUGUGGAUGGCAACGGCAAAGUAGUUGGUGUAUUAAAGAAAAAGACAGUAUGGUACAUUCUUCUGCGGGCACUCAGAGAAAAGUUGAGUUAUGGUCUCAAAAAGCAAAGCUUUAAGGAACUGAAGGAAGGCAUCAAGAAAAGGUUCCGUGAAAUACAGGCUUGGCUAUGCUUUGAUGAUGAAUUUCUCCAGAACUGGCUUACGUUGUCAUUCAAGUUCGCAGAGUGGCUAAAAAACGGCCCCGACACGGAUUACGGCCACCCUGCUGACGGAUAAACCAGACGCAAUCUGACAGUACUGCGGGGGCCAACGGACCUUCCAAAUCCUGAGCAAACAAGUCGGAGAAACUAGAAAUGAGGGCUCAAACAAACUGCCCUUUGCUAGGACUCGGCGAGCUAAGACCAGCUCUAGUUACGAGAAUCGCCAAAGGCCUUUCGCUAAAAAAGCUACUCGAUGACGUUGAUGUUUUCUCCAGAGAAACGUCCGAGCACGCGAAUGUAGUGGAAUGGAUAUCGUGGUGCCACUCGCACCCCGACGUCCAGGUUACCGAGUUGAGCGUGCCAGAAGCCGUGAUACCCGGUGCGACGCUGUGUGACGUCAGAGUUGCGACCGGCACGGGACGGCGGCGACAGCGCGAUGACCUGAUCUACAACAGAAACGCUGAAAUCCGUCGGCGGGUGGCGCGCGGAAAUUGCGUCCUCCGACUCCCCGACGGUCGACUCUUGUGUCUCACGCACGCGCUCAAAAAGUUCACCGGCGGUAUGGGUGACGAGGACGACGACUGCUCGGGCGGCGACGACUCGACGUGGCGCCGCUACUUCCUGCGGUCGCCGGAGGCCGCCGAGCGGCUCGUGCUGACGCAGAAGGCCAACGGCGAGGCGGCGCACCUGAGCGCGCGGUACGUGGAUGGCUCCUUCCUGGUGUGUGUCGGCUCCAAGAACGUGCACAUGGUGCUGCGCCAGGAGUCGGACAUCGCUCGGUACGCCGACCAGCGGUACCGGGUGGCCAGGGAGGUGGCGGCGGCCGUGUGGCGGCUGCUGGAGGCGAUGGGGGAGGGACAGCGGCAGCUGCUGCUCAGCUUCCUGCACCACACGCGCCUCACGGCCGUCAUGGAGCUGCUGCAGCCCGACCGCCAAUCAAUUGAGGACCUCUCGAAACUCGUAGAGCAUACCCUGCACUUCAUUGCUUGGGCGCCGACGCUUGGAUGCGAUAUGUCCUAUUGUGGCUGUCCCCCGGAGCUGGGGUUCGAGCUGGCCGAAAUGUUCGGUAUGAAGACGGUGGAACACUCGGUGGUGACCGGCGACGUCAUGAACGAGCUGCCGCGUGUGAUGCAGGAGGUCAGAGAAGGACAUGGCUAUGAGGGCAAGGUUCUCUACUUUGUUGACGGUGAAAACAACGUCAUAGGCCUGUUAAAAAGUAAAACAAUCUGGUACACAUUGAUGCGGGCGAUAAGGGAUAUUCUGUGCUCCGGACUUAAAAAGCUUACUCUCCAGGACUUCAGAGUAAAGUUAGAGGGAAGGUUUCGAGCCAUCCAGUCGAGUCGCGACUUCGAUGAUAGGUUUCUGAACAGUUGGCUAUCGUUGGGACUGGACUUCGCGCAGUGGCUGAAAGCGAAUCCCGGCAUUAAAAGCGAUUCAUUGGGUGUCUCACUGCCACCGUUAUGGAACCAGUUUCUGCGCUCGACUGGCAGAACAGACAGGCUGUAGAUCCGGUCAUUCCACUAGGUACUGGAGCGGGGAGGCGCACAAUGAAGUGCCAUUGUUUGACUGUGAAACGUCUUAUGUAUUUAGUCUUUUUUUAAUGCUUUUUGACAUGUUUUAUUGAAGCAGACUUCAAACACUCAUAACAGGAGCGUGCCUCAUACCUAUUAGCUUAGCUAUUAUUGUUUAGUUACGUCUUUCUUCGCCCCUGCGUAUGACGCCAACUCGAGAAUCACUGGCGAAGCCAGAUCCCUCAGAUAAAUUCAUCCGUAUUAUGAAGCGUGACGCCCAAUUCCCAAAGUCACUUGAGGUCACCGUAUUCGAGAAUGUGCUUACACUUUUAUGUGAUAGUAAUUGUACCUAUUGAAUGGCAGUGCUUUCGGCCCGCUAGGUCCCGUGAUUGCUUAUUUAUGUUUAAGAUGGCACUGAACUUAAACAUAAGUGCAUAAGUGCUAACGAAAACGCUCAGUUGACCUGUCAAGGUCACCAUGGUUACUGUAUUUUAGAUGCACUGCGAAAUCGGAUGCCGCUACUUUUAUAUCGAUCGGCUUGGUGAUGAGCCAUAAUUCAUUAAGGAUCCAUGGCUUAGGGUGCCUCUGCCUAUAAUAAAUUGGGAUAAACAC